GACGUCCCUUCUCUCUGCGCUCCUGCGUCUUGGAGCUGCCCCGGGCGGUAACAGUGCGGCUGUUGUUUAUGCUGGUGGCGAGGCAUUGGGAGCUGCUGGUUCAGCAUGUGGUGCGGGGGCCCAGCAGCAAUGGUGGCCUUUUGCGCCGGGUUUUGGGUCUCUAACCCGGGGCAGGCGCAGGGCCAGGAGGCCGGGGGGCGGCCAGGCGCUGACUGUGAAGUAUGCAAUGAAUUCCUGAGUCGAUUCUACAACUCUCUGAUAGCCAGAGGGAUCGACUUUUCUCUGGAAACCCUAGAAAAAGAACUGAUCAGCUUUUGCCUGGAUGUCAAAGGAAAAGAAAACCGCCUGUGCUACUAUCUGGGAGCAACAGAAGAUGCAGCCGCAAAGAUCCUAAGUGAGGUCACUCGCCCGAUGAGUGUGCACAUGCCUGCAAUGAAGAUUUGUGAGAAGCUGAAGAAGGUGGACAGCCAGAUCUGUGAGCUGAAAUAUGAAAAGAAAUUGGACUUGGCAUCAGUGGACCUGUCCAAGAUGAGAGUCACAGAGCUGAAACAGAUACUGUACAGCUGGGGAGAAGAGUGCAGGGCCUGUGCGGAAAAAACCGACUACGUGAAUCUGAUCAAAGAACUGGCACCCAAGUAUGCAGCGAUGCACCGCAAAACAGAGCUCUGAUUCCCAGAAGCCAGCGCAGCAUCCACUGUAGAGACACAAUGACUCUCUAGGGUGUAGACAUGUUGUUUGAGCAUAACCAAGAAUUGCAAUGUUUGUGGUCUCAGACUUUUUGUUUUAAUAUUACGCUCAGAAUUGAUUACCAGGGUUUAUAAGUAGAGCUGCUAAUACUAGUGGUUUCCUAAAUUUGCAAUGUACUGAAAGCUACAGUGCCUUUCUCAUAAUUUUCUUGUAUGUAAAUUGUCAUUGCCUAGCUCCUAAAAUUGGGGAAAGUGAACCACUGGCAAAACAAUGGAGUAAAUUGAUUCUAAGAAGGAAGAGAUUGCUCAGAGGCCCCUGUCUGUGCACUAAUUUUUAAUUAAAUAUAUUGGAUUAGGACAAAAGGAAUGAUGUUUAGCUUAUCUGACUCCCAACUUCAACCCAGAUAAUAACCUGGCAUAAUCAAAAUUUUUUAAAAAGUAAACUGUGAAAAAAAUACAAUAAACAAGUAAACUUUUAACUGCAA